AUGGAGCAAGAGGUGGACGAGAUCGAAGACGAACAUGCUCAUGACCUUGCGCUGCUGGAAGACCUGCUGUCCGAGUUCGAGCCAGAGCUCACGGCAAUCCUUCAAGAUCGUGAUCGAGGGAUCACAGGCCUGCUGGACUUCUGGAGACACACCUGGGCCAAUCGCAUGACGCAGGUCGAGAAAGAGCUUUGCGGCAAUCAACUAUCAGACGACGAGAGACGGGCAGCUGAGGAAAUCGGAGUUGUGUGGGACAGGCCACCCCCGCUUGAAGAGGGACAGCUUUACAAGUCUGAUUCUGAUUCCGACUUGCGUGAUGUGUUCGGGGAGCCAUGGGCGAGUUUGGACUACUUGUCUGCUAAGCUGGAGGAGAUCGAGGUGGAAUGA